AUGUGCAAGGAGUUCACAACGCAACGCUUCCUUGGCAUCUGGCGCUAUUUUUUCGGACCGAACGAGACAAUCCGCACUCGGCUCCGCGCCUUUUUUCAGGAUAUGCUGCCCUUGUGGAUUGUCUGCCUCUACAACAUCCACGGACCGACGGUACACACGGAGAUACAGAUCAGAUCACAGCAGUCCUUCCAUCUAGCCCCCCGUGCGUGUCUCCCUCCCUUCUGCGUGUUUGCAUGCCAGACCGUUUCCAUGGUUCAGUUGGUCGGCAAAGACAUAGCGACACUGUCAGGAGCUGUCUGGCAAUUCUCAAUGUGCUUGUGUCGCUCAGGUUGCAUGUAUGAAGAUAAACGAUGAAUACCGGCUGCAAUCAGCUACGUCCGUCCGAUGCUACGACAGCCAGGACUUCUUCAUCUGGUUCGGUGUGGGCAUCGUGGGAUUGGUCAUCUGGAGUAUCGGCAUUCCAAUGUUCGCAAUGUACUCUCUUUACUUGCGACGAGAAGUGAUGUACGACAAAAAAGUACGGGAGCAGUUUGCCUUCUUGUACAAUGGCUACACGCCCAAGCGGUACGUACAAAACACUACCUGGAUACAGACACGGUGACGGUGGAGUGUGUGUUCAGGUGGUACUGGGAAGGAGUGAUCCUUGUGAGAAAGGUGCUAGUGCCAGGGGGAGACAGGGGAUAGGGGGAGACAGGGGAAGACAUGUGUGUGGUUGACAUGUGUGUGGGUCGGUGCCUAUCGACAUGUGUGUGUGGUUGACAGGUGCUGGUGCUCUUGGUGGGCGCGUUGUCAUUCGAAGGCGUGGAAGAGAUCCAGAUGUCAGUAUAUACGCAUACACAUACACAAAUCUGCGUCUGUAUCUAUAUAUUUGUUGGCACAUGAAUACAAACAGACACACGUGCAUGUGCGUGUGCGUGUGUAUGCAGAUCCUUCAAUCUGAUCCUGGCCAUCGGUUUUCUCUACCUCCAGUUCAAUACGAUGCCAUUCGACAAGCGAUCGUGGAAUGUGCUCAAUAAGAUGGAGCUGCGGUCGCUUGCUGCGUGGUGCUUGUCGUCGCUUCUACUCCAAAUCGUCAUCGUAUUCAACGUGAAUAUUGUCUUAAACACCGUCAUCGGCACAUUGAUCCUCCUCAACAACGUGGAGUUCAAUGUGCGGUUCCUCGCCUGCCUCUUCACUGAGGUCUGCAAGGCAAUUCGCAACGACCCUAUGCUUGUCGGUAUGCGGACGGGGAAAACAAUACACACGCACUCGGCAUGCGCACAAGUGUGGUCUGCACAGCUAUGCCCGUCGUGGGGCCGCUUUUCCGGCCCUUCGUCAACUACGCCAACAGGCUACACGCUCGCGAACCGAGGGUGUUGUUCUGA